GCUCCUACACAAUUCAAAUUGAUUCGUUUCUGACAGCCCAUGCAUCCACUUAAGAAUAUUUGCAACAGUCUUUUACGACCACGUAUCAUAUAUCUUCCCAUGUACAUGAACUAUCCUAAGGUUUGAUCUUUCCGAUUUGUGUCUCUAUGACCAGUGUAGUCGCUGCUUCCGUGAGGAACGGAGCAGACACAAAUGCAAACGGCAAGCCCUGCCAAAGCAUUUGAAGAUGGCGGCGGCGACGGCCCCUCCAGCGUCCCAUCAAAUAAUUCAAGUAGUGAAUGAAAUAAAUCUAAACAAAAUCGAAAGUUUUCUAAAUGACACCGCGUAUAGAGAAGCUAUCGAGAAUUCUUCCAAUUAUAAUAGUCGACUAUGCAGAGAGCGAAGACUUCGAAUGCCUUUUCUCGACUCACAGACAGGUGUGGCACAAAAUCACUCCGCACUGUUUAUGUCAGCAAGAGAACGACUGCCAGGGUUAUUACAUGGACAAAUUUACACAUACCCCAGCAAACGAUGGAGAAAAAAACGGCGGCAAUACUUAAUGCAUUAUCUACAUCCAAAACGUGGUGGAAGAGGUGACAUUGAAGAUGGAAUUGAUGGUGUCGAAGGAAUUCUUCCAGGUGUUAACGAUGAUAGUAAAGACUCUGGUGCUUUAAAAGAUGAACACAGUAAAGAUGGAUGGUACUACGAUGACCAAGACAUGCUAGACAUGGAUGCGUUCGAUGAGCCAGAUCCAGACAGUGACUAUGAUUAUGAGGAGAGUUAUAGCAGUAAACGAAAACGAAGGAGACCUCGCGGUGGUGGUCAUCAUCCUAGUAGAGGGCACCCACCUUCCACCGACAGCCCAGGCACGAAACGUACCAAGGGUGGAGGACGUGGUCGCAAAAAAGCCAACUACGAUGCCGUUGACUCUGAUAAGCCAUUCGUUUGUGACCUAUGCAGCGCACGGUAUAAAACCAGACCUGGUCUGGUCUACCAUUACGGUCAUUCCCACUCUACUUCCUCUGGUGAUCCUGCUAAGGAACUAAGUCCCAGUCCUGCUGAAGUUGAAUCACGGAGCGUUGCGGACGCCGCUGCUUCGGACCAGCCAGGUGGUACACGUCGGGGUCGUCAGAGCACUGCCACCUCGAGUACCUCGACCCCACCUCCUGCAGCACCCACCGCCCCUGCUGCAGGGGCGGCGCCACAGUCCCAGCAACAACAGCAGCAACAGCUGCCCCAGGUACAGACGAGUACAGCUCCAGCUUCACCUACUGUCUCAGCUCCUAAAGAAGAUCAUCCGCCGGCCGUCUCGUCCCCUGGCGCCACCGCUGUCCCCUCUCCCUCUUCGGUCAAGCCGGACGGUGGACCCCCGACGCCAGGCGGGACCGAGAAGAAAUCCGGAAAGGCCGCCCAGCCCUCUCCCUACUGCGACUUCUGUCUGGGCGACGCUAGGGAGAAUAAAAAGACCGGUGGCUCCGAGGAGUUGGUCUCCUGCAGCGAUUGCGGCCGCUCAGAACGUGAACUAUUCCAAGGACACCCAACGUGUUUGCAAUUCACUGCAAACAUGAUCGUUUCUGUGCGCAAGUACAGGUGGCAGUGUAUCGAAUGCAAAUGCUGCUCCAUAUGCGGCACCUCUGAUAACGACGAUCAGCUGCUCUUCUGCGAUGACUGCGAUCGUGGCUACCACAUGUACUGUCUGUCUCCACCUCUUGCAUCUCCUCCUGAGGGUUCCUGGUCGUGUCGUCUCUGCAUAGCCGAGUUUCAUCGGCGUGAUUAAAAGAGAAAGAAAGAAAGAAAAAAAAGAAUGAAAGAAACCGAACUCACAGUGGACAAAGGAUGGAUCUACCUAUUGUCGUGGUAUAGAGCGAUCAUUGGUGUUUCGCUUUACUUUAAUUUUCUUUUUUUUUUUUUUUUUU